AUGGCUUAUGGUGGAAAGCCUAGUACCGGGUGCCAGAAUUGCCGUCAGAGACGGAUCAAAUGCGAUGAGGCGCGUCCGCAUUGUAGGGCCUGUGUCCGGACUGGUCGGACUUGCCCCGGGUACCAACAUCCACUCGAUGUCGCGCUAAGAGGGCAGACAGCUUUCCAGCGCAAGAAAAAGGGUGCCCCAGGUAAGCAGUCUUCUGCCUCAAAGGCAGUCGUGCCGGCAACGACACCUUCGUCAUCGGAUGAUUCGAUAUCUACUAUUGUUGAUAUUCCCCAUACUCCAGAGACACUAGUUUCUUCGGUUUCACCAGUUUCAACCUCUAGCGACUCUAUCCCCCAUACACUAGAGAUUUCCCGACUGGUACCACCGGUUCCACCGGUCCCAACUUUCAAUGUCUCUAUUCCUCGCAGUAUCUACCUACCUAUGGAGGAUACGGUCAUUCCAUUGUUUUUCAAUUCGUAUCUUUAUCUCCCAAAGGAUCCUCAGAUCAGCAAUGGCUUCUUAGACCUCCUGCCUCAGUUUUAUUCCGAGACGCAAGUAGGAUCGUCUGUGCAUCUGAGCUUACUCGCAGUCUCUGCCUUUUCCGUGGCUGCCUGGACCGGUGAACGGAAUUCGCUUCAGUUGGCCGAACACUCGUUCCUCAGAGCUCUUCGGAAGACGCGUGAAGUACUACAGACAGAUAUUGAUGGGAAUUUGAACGAGAUUCUGUUGACUGUUCUCUUACUUUCAUUAUAUGAGGAUUUCGUGUCUAAACGAGAUCGACAACUCCCUCCUCGGGAUCAUCUACGCGGAGCUAUUGCAUUGAUCAAUAGCAGGAGACCUGAACAAUUGGACUCACCUUCAUGCAGAUUAUUGGCGGAUGGUGUUGAGCACGAAGUCAUCCGAACGUCAAUGGGCCUGGCUCAUCCAAUGGUCCCAACCCCGAAGGUUUGGCCACUCACAGCACCAAUAGCCCAGACAGCACCAGAACAAUUACAAAUGGCCUCAUCUGGACUGGUAAAUCUCCGAUUAGCAUGGGAGUCACUCGCAUCAAGGCCUCCGUCACAGAUUACUGAAUCUGAAAUACUGCACCUUAUGUCACAAGCCCAAGAACUGGAUUCCAAACUUGUUAACUGGGUUCACACGGUACCACCGAAUUGGCUUCCUAGUCCUGCAACUAUGAUACCACAAUCCGUCCGUGCGGCAGGCGUCUUUAACGACCGAUGCGACUGUUACUCGGAUUUAUGGGUAGCAGCAACAUGGAAUUCCUACCGCGACUCGCGUAUCGUGGUGCAGAAGAUUAUCCUCAGUUGUCUACGCAUGCUUACCGACACUGACACCAACAUUAACGCCUCCUCGCCUUCAAACCAGGCCACACUAGCUGUGAAAUCCACCGCCGAAGCCACCAUCCAAUCCCUCGCCAUGGACAUCUGCGCCUGCGUCCCCUUCCUCCUCGGCAGCCAGAUGGAGUCUGUCCAAUUGAACCCAUAUAAAGUCGAGUACCCUGAGGCAGAAGGGAGGCCGCUUACGCAAGGGCAUCAGCAAACGGCGCCGUUGCUGGGUGGGUGGUUCCUGAUAACGUUCUUGGGCAAUCUGUGUACGUCGGGGCUUUGCUUAAGUGAGGAACAUCUAGGAUGGAUAAGGGGACAGAUGCAGAGGAUAUUGCAGAUUUAUAAUUUUGGGUUUGUCCCACCGUCACAAGUGUAG